GUAUGAUCUUUGUUGUCUAAAUACCAUAGAAAUCAUAUAUGUGUUCUGAAUAUUUUAUUAACAAAAUUAACAGGGUUACACAACACUAUAGACCACAUAAGAUAUUUACAGCAAUGAUAAUGUAUACAUAAAUCACUUAAUAUUACAUGUAGUACAUUUAUUGUCAACAUUGUUUUAUGGUAUUUUUUUAAAUUAUAGUAAAAGUUCAUUAAAAAUUUUAUUCUUUUGUUAAACUUUCAUUCCUAAAUGGAUAAAAUGAGUCUUGCUUUUUUAAAAAUAAAUAUGAUUUGUAUCUUUCCUCUGAAAAUUUUGUUCCAUAUAAACUGAUAUAAUAAUAGGUAUACAUUUUUAUGUAGCAUAUACAUAUAUCAAAAGUGUUAUUAGUAUGCGAACAAACAAGGUUUUACAUAUAUUUUCUUAUUGUAUUUUAGCUUAGGUGAAGUGUGCAGCCAUGUUGGAGCACUCUUGUUUAAGAUUGAGAUGGGUGUCAAGAUGGGCAUGACUCAAACCAGCUCAACUAGUCAGGCCUGUCAGUGGAAUAGUACUUUCCGAAAAGAGGUAAUUCCGACAACAAUCACUGACAUAUUUCACGACAUUAAAGGCAAGAGGACAAAGGAGAUCCAGACAGUUCAAGCAAGUAGAUCUGCAGCUUUACCACCUUCCGAAGAGCUACACAAGUUGUUUUCCCUAGUCCCAAAUGCUUCUUUUUUCACAUCAGUCUCCAUACCCGGUCUAACAGAUAAAAAUCCCCCUAUUGAUCAGAAUCCCCAAACUGCAAAAUACCCUAAAUUGCUAACAAGUUUCAGUGAACCAACUUCAGAAAACAAUACCUUUAAUUCCUACAUGAUUACUAAGCAGCAAGCUAUCAAUCUGGAAAUGGCAACCAAAAAUCAAGCUAUCAGUCCCCUUUGGUUCCAGCAUAGAAAAGGCAGGGUUACUGCAUCUAAAGCGCAUGAUAUUUUGACCCGUAGAAAGAGAGAACAUCCCCAGAUAAUCUCGUAAAACGUAUUGUCGGUUAUUCAACCUAUGAUUUAUCCAAAAAAGAGGCAGUGAAGUGGGGAAUUGGCCACGAGGAAGAAUGUAGAAUAGACUAUAUUAAACACCAGACUGGGUCACAUGUCAAUUUCCAUUGUAAUGCAUCAGGCUUUAUUAUUAACACUGAUCACCCAUUUCUUGGAGCUAGUCCCGACGGCAUGAUCAAUUGUCAGUGUUGCGGUAAAGGUACGUUGGAAAUUAAAUGUCCUUUCAAACACAGGGACAAGACUGUGCAGGAUGCAGCAACAACCGAUAAGGACUUUUGUCUAGACACCUCGCUGCACCUUAAAAGAAAUCAUAGGUUUUACAGUCAAGUGCAGCUUCAGAUGUAUAUUGCUGAAUGCCAGUAUUGUGACUUUGUUGUUUUCCUUAAGUGUAAACCGGCUCCAAGUAUGGUCAUCGUAAGAUUAUCCAUUGAUGUAGACAUUUGUCAAAGCAUGAUUACAAAAUUUGAGCAAUUUGUAAAGAAUUUCAUAAUAAAUGAAUUGGUUACUUGCGAACUUGAAAACCGGACUGUAUCUACAUCAAGCAUUAAGCAAGUUGACAAUGGUGAUCAGACAUGGUGUCAGAC